AUGGGGGGCAACUGGGGCGGGAAUGGAAACGGGGAUGGUAACGGGGACAAUGGCGGCCAGCCUCAGCUACCACCACCUCAACCGUCAAUUUGGGAACGAAGGGCUUCUAUCCACGCCUUCGCCAGUCAGGAUCCCUGUAAAGCCCGACAAGUUCGCACCAACCAACUGACUCGAGGCAUAGCCAACCAAGCUUGUACGGCAGCUUACGUUGAUUUCAUGGCUCUUACCGUGUCGGAGCGAGAAUCCUGUCCAGAAGCCGAGGCUCCUGAAUGCCGGGCUCUUCCAAAUCACCAUAAUUGGCGGUGCACGUUCUCCUGCAAUGUGUCGCGGCACAGUGGGAACUCCACACCGAGCCCACGGGUGGCUCGACACCAAUCGACCCUCGCUCGUCUCUUCAGUUGUGCCAGCGGGAGCUCCACCUCCAGGAGGAGACGAGAGCCCGAUCGCGUAGCCCGUUCCACGUCCCGAGGCAGCAGAAGAGAGAGAGAGUCUUCCUCCCUUUGGAGGAAAUCAUCCUAACCGUCAAUUCACCACCACCCACGCUCACGAAUACUGGACCGACGAACGCACGUCGGAGAUUCGUCGCUGGAGCACCACCUGGCUACCAGUAGCCCGCAAUUGGCCGGAUGCCAUUUCAUUUUUUUUUCAAAUUACCUUUUUAUUUUCACGAAUAGACGUU